AUGGAAAUGCAGCUCAAUUUUUUAGCUGUCAAGAAUUAUCAUCGUACCACAUCAGUGGCAACCCCAGCAUUUAUCGUUAGGAGGAGGGGAAGCAAAAGGAUUUUUCGAGUAAAGUACGAAAAUGAAAUUCUUACUGCUCCUGAUUCUUCUGGGGAUGUGUGCAUUAGUGUCAUCGAAGGAUCUGACCCGGGAAGGUGGAAAAAAGUGGAAAUUUAUGUGCAAUGA